AUGGCCGCCAAAAAAGUAGCUCACUCCCGGAGCUCCGACGAGAUCAUAAUUUGUUCUUUCUUGUGCUUUCAGGUGUUUGGGAUAUGCACAGUGUCGCGACCAUUUAUCAUAUUUUUGAAUGUGAUCCUAAUUUCCAAACUCUAUGGGGCUAGAUGGUUUCCUAAAACCUUGCCCUGUGAUGUCUCUGUGUAUGGUCCUCAGGCUCAAGUGAUUGUGGACUGCACAGACAAGCAUCUGAUGGAAAUUCCCGGAGGCAUUCCCACCAAUACCACCAACCUCACCCUCACCAUUAACCACAUACCGCUCAUCUCCCCAGCCUCCUUCAGCAGGCUAGACCAUCUGAUAGAAAUUGAUUUCAGGUGCAACUGUGUACCUACUCGGCUGGGACCAAAAGACAACAUUUGUACCAAGCGGCUGCAGAUUAAGCCCAAAAGCUUUAGUACACUUACUUCACUAAAAGCCCUUUACUUAGAUGGAAACCAGCUUCUGGAGAUACCUCGGGGUCUUCCUUCCAGCUUAAAGCUCCUGAGCCUUGAGGCCAACACCAUCUUUUCCAUAACAAAAGAGAAUGUAACCGAACUGGCCAACAUAGAACUGCUCUACCUGGGCCAAAACUGUUAUUAUCGCAAUCCUUGUAAUGUUUCAUUUUAUAUAGAAAAGGAUACCUUCCUAAACCUGAGGAAUUUGAAAGUGCUCUCCUUAAAAGAUAACAAUGUCACAGCUGUCCCCACUAUUUUGCCAUCGAGUCUAACCAAACUCUAUCUUUAUAACAACAUCAUCGCAGAAAUCCAAGAAAAUGAUUUUAGUAGCCUCAACCAACUGCAACUUCUUGACCUAAGUGGAAAUUGCCCUCGUUGUUAUAAUGUCCCGUUCCCUUGUACGCCCUGUGAAAACAACGCUCCCCUACACAUCCAUGUAAAGGCUUUCGAUGCCUUAACAGAAUUGAGAGUUUUGCAUCUGCAUAGUAACUCACUUCGGCAUGUGCCCAAACGAUUGUUUCAAAACCUUAACAAACUUGAGGAGCUAGACCUAUCCCAAAACUACUUGGCCAAAGAAAUUGGAGAUGCUACAUUUCUGCAUUCUCUUCCCAACCUUGUGCAAUUAGAUCUGUCUUUCAAUUAUGAACUUCAGGUCUAUCAAACAUUUAUGAAUCUUUCACAUGCAUUUUCGUCACUGAAAAACCUGAGAACAUUGCAUAUCAAAGGAUAUGUCUUUAAAGAGUUGAGAAGCCCUGACCUCACCCCUCUAAUGAGUCUUCCCAAACUUGAAGUUCUUGACCUUGGCACUAACUUUAUCAAAAUUGCUGACCUCAGCAUAUUCAAACAAUUUGAAAGAUUAAAAGUUAUAGAUCUUUCGGUGAAUAAAAUAUCACCUUCAGGAGACUCGAGCGAGGUCGGCUUCUACUCUAACACCAGAACUUCUGUAAGCAGUUACGGACCCCAGGUCCUUGAAGCUGGACACUAUUAUUUCAGAUACGAUGAGUAUGCAAGGAGCUGCAGGUACAAACGCGAAGAGGUGCCUUCUUUUUUGACCCUUAAUGAAAGUUGCAAAAUGUAUGGGACGGCUUUGGACCUAAGUAAAAACAACAUAUUUUUUGUCAAGUCCUCUGAUUUUCAACAUCUUUCCUUCCUUAAAUGCUUAAACUUGUCAGGCAAUUCAAUCAGCCAAACUCUUAAUGGUAGUGAAUUCCAGCCCUUAGUGGAAUUGAAAUAUUUGGACUUCUCAAACAACCGACUGGAUUUGCUCCACUCAACCGCAUUUAAGGAGCUACGCAACCUAGAAGUUCUGGAUAUCAGUAGCAAUAGCCACUAUUUCCAAUCAGAAGGACUGACUCACAUGCUAAACUUUACCAAGAACCUAAAGGUUCUGAAGAAGCUGAUGAUGAACUACAAUGAUAUCUCUACCUCCUCCAGCAGGACCAUGGAGAGCGACUCUCUCAAAACACUAGAAUUCAGAGGAAACCACUUGGACGUUCUCUGGAGAGAUGGUGAUAACAGAUACCUACAAUUUUUCAAGCAUCUGGUCAACUUAGAGGAAUUAGACAUCUCCGAGAAUUCCCUGAGUUUCUUGCCCCCUGGGGUUUUUGAUGGCAUGCCUCCAAAUCUAAAGAACCUCUCCUUGGCCAAAAAUGGACUCAAGUCGUUCAACUGGGGAAGACUCUCGUUGCUGAAGAAUGUGGAAACUUUGGAUCUCAGCAAAAACCAGCUGAAGACUGUCCCUAAGAGAUUAUCCAACUGUUCCAGAAGCCUCAAGAAACUGAUUCUCAAGAAUAAUCAAAUCAGGCGCCUGACAAAAUAUUUUCUACAAGAUGCGUUCCAGUUGCGAUAUCUGGACCUCAGUUCAAACAAAAUCCAGAUGAUCCAAAAGACGAGCUUUCCGGAGAAUGUCCUCAACAACCUGGAGCAGCUGCUUUUACACCACAAUCGCUUUCUGUGCACCUGUGAUGCUGUGUGGUUCGUCUGGUGGGUUAACCACACAGAGGUCACUAUUCCCUACCUGGCCACUGAUGUGACUUGUGUGGGGCCAGGAGCACACAAGGGCCAGAGUGUGGUCUCCCUGGAUCUGUAUACCUGUGAGUUAAAUCUGACUAACCUGAUUCUGUACUCAUUUGGUAUAUCUAUGACUCUCUUUCUAAUGGUGGUCACAACAGCAAGCCACCUCUAUUUCUGGGAUGUAUGGUACAGCUACUAUUUCUGCAAGGCCAAGAUAAAGGGGUAUCGGCGUCUGAGAUCAGAUUCCUGUUAUGAUGCCUUCAUUCUGUAUGACACUAAAGAUCUGGCCGUGACAGAAUGGGUUUGGGAGGAGUUGGUGGCCCGACUGGAGGACCCAAGAGAGAAACAUUUUAAUUUAUGUCUCGAGGAAAGGGACUGGUUACCAGGGCAGCCAGUUCUGGAAAACCUUUACCAGAGCAUAGAGCUGAGCAAAAAGACUGUGUUUGUGAUGACAAACAAGUAUGCAAAGAUGGAGAACUUCAAGAUAGCUUUUUACCUUUCCCAUCAGAGACUCAUGGAUGAAAAAGUCGAUGUGAUUAUCUUGAUCUUUCUUGAGAAACCUCUUCAGAAAUCCAAAUUCCUCCAGCUCCGGAAGAGGCUCUGUGGGAGUUCUGUUCUUGAGUGGCCGACAAACCCACAGGCUCACCCGUACUUCUGGCAAUGUCUGAAAAAUGCCUUGGCCACAGACAAUCACGUGGCUUACAGUAAGGUGUUCAAAGAGACAGUCUAGCUCUUCUUAGAAAAAUGUGACUGCCUGGCUAAACAAGGAGAUAUUUGGUCACCUUGGAUUCUCUCAUCAAUUUCUCACCUAGACAGUUUUGAAAUUCUCCCAAGAGCUGGGAUCGACGACACCAGUGGGGAUUCACCAUGUUGGACAAAAGAGUUUAAAAGAUGGGACGGAUACAUAGAUUCAAGUCUUUCUCCUUCAACGUUUCCACUUGCAGCGAGUCUCUCCCCUCAGCUCUUGUAUAAAAUUCUCUCGGGAGGAAGGUAGCAAGUCAAGGCUGGCAACAUGUGUACUGCUUCCAAAGGGCAUCUAUCUACUUAAUAAGGACCACAAUUUCCCACAUUAAUCUCUGAAAUGAAAGGAGACAUACUAUAAGUUGCUAGCGUCCCCUCUUCAACAAUUUCUGUAAGCUUGAUCGCGUUUAAUGAAUGGA